UCGAACUGUAAACAUAUUUUUAGAAUUUUACUAAAUAAUUAGAGAGUACAACAAAUGAGUGAUAAAUAAUGUUUUAUUUUUGUAUACCAUGAAGUGGUUACUUUAGUGAAACAUUCUGGUAUGAAUUGUACAAAUAAAAAGUAAACUGGAGCACUCAUAUACAGUGUGAAUGCUGGUGCCAAAAUGUCCGCCAACCGUGAUGAGGGGCCAGUGUACUACCGGGAAAUACAGAAGAAUGCUUACCUCAAGAGAAUACCCACUGACAUGAACACUAGUAAAUUACGGCCUCUGGGUCACAAGAAGCCGCCUCUCAAGCCGAUGUGGACGUUAUUCUGCGUGCACAACGGUCGGACGCCGUUCCUCGAGCAGUACCCGGACACGGACGCGACGGUGUCGCACCGGCCGGCGUGGCGGGCGUGCCUGCGGUCCGCGCGACACGUCACUGCCAGUGUGAAGCCGCAUGUCGGCGACGAGUAUGACUUCCUGGUGGACACCGAUCACGGUCCUGUGAGGAUGCUGGCGCCGGAUUGGGACUCGAUGCAGGACUGGGUGAGCAUACUCCGCAGCAAGCUGCACGAGCUGCGCAUCCUGUCGCGCGGGGAGAACGUGUACGGCGCGCCGCCCGUCGCGCCCCUGCCCCGCGCGCCCGCUCGCGACCCCACCUCCCCGCUGCCGCCCACGCCGCCCGUGCCGCCUGAUAGAGUGCCAGGCAUUGAAAUCGCUCCAACAAGAGCGGUAGAGCCAAAUGAAACCCGAGAUCCGCCAGCUCCGACCACUGAAGCUCCUUCCCCACCACCUACCACGACCACUGCAGCUACCAUCACCACCACGCACACAAUCACACCCAGUACAUCCAGCUUAUCAAAUCUCCGAGCGAACGGACCGAGCAACUUCAUCGAGCCAACCGAAGUGGACAUCUCCCAAUGGGAUGUACCCUUCUCAUCCUUACCCAGUACCAGCCAGGAUAAGAGAGAAAAGAAGAGUGUGGCGAAGAUCUGUGGACAGAAUAUAUGCCUCGAUGACUCUAUACUGAAGCGGAGUGUGGUGGAUUCCAAUGAGGAGUUUUUUCAGGAGCUGGAUAGGGACGAGGGUUUCACGCAGAGGUUGCUGGUGAAUGAUGAGAGAACUGAGGAAGAACCAAGCAUACCGCAAAGGUCAAAUGUGACAGUAAUCCAGGUAUCAAACAAGACCCCACACACGGCCAUACCAGUUAUGGGCGGCGAAGCUGAUAAUAUAUUCGACUUCAAUUUCAAACAGAAACUAAAAGUCACUCCAGAGGACUCCGACUUUGUAAAUAUUGUAAAUACUGAGGUUUCAGUCCAGAAUGAUAAUAAUAACGUCGAAAUUACUUCUACAAAUGAUACUGUUAUUUCUGAUCAUCAGACUGAAGUUAGUCACAGUCGAAACGGUACCAAUAAUGUUGAAGUUGUUUCUAACGGUAAUAUAAGGACCAAUAGUACAGAUGAAACUCCCAGAACGAACAGUUACGGGACAGUCUUCGAUAAUACAACAGAUUAUGGCCACAUUAGUCUAACUACGACUGUAAAUUUGAAUGUGGAAACGAAAAAUAAAGAUGGGGUGUAUGAAAGGUUAUGUAUGGCAUCGACAUCUAAUAAAACGGCUUCACCGUUGUCGAUAAGACGAAUACUAUCGACUGAUAAAGCGAGGAAAUCGUCCCUACCUAACUUAGAAGUAGCGUCAGAGUCGGCGUACGAAUGCUUAUUUCCAAAUGCCGAGAGCCAAAGAGAAGAAAGAAGUACAAAUGUGGACUCUAAUGUGCGGGUAGUCAGGGCGAAUGUGGAACGAUCACAAAGUCAGAGGGUGAAUGUUGAAAGGUCGCAGAGUCAAAACGCGUAUGAUAUAGCGCCACGGAGAAGGGAAAUUGUUCGGAUGCAGGAUAAUAGCCCAAAGAGGGAGAAACCUGAAAAACAGGAGGUGUUGCAACCGAAACCGAUAUGGAAACGAGGUUUGACGGAGUUGUCGCUGCUCAGCCGGCUGCGCGGUAUCGGACAGUCCAAGAGGCAGGACAGUCCCACGAGACAGAAUAAUGAAGACAGAACAGCCAAUUCGCCAGCGAAAGUGGUGCAUCGAUCCCGGCCGGUCAACAGGGUGGACAGCAGUCGGAGAAGAAGUAACUCGCUCACCAACGGUGUGCCGUGCGUCCCCGCGCCCGCACCGACGUCGUGCGGCGCGAGCGCGCUGCGCGUACGUCAGAUCGCAGCGCUGCGGGCGGAGCAGCGUCGCGGCGCGUGCCUGCCCGCCGCCGUGCAGCCGCGAGACCCCCCUGUGUUCGCUGACUAUGACAACCGCGUGUGGGUGGCGCGGUGGGGUGGCGGCAACCGCACGGGGCGGGUGGGGGACAGGCUGGUGGCGGUGGCGGCGGCGACGGCCAGCUCCGCCCACCUCGCCGCCACGCUCGUCAAGGCGGCGCGCACGCCCCGGGUGGACGUGCUGUUCCAUAGGAUACCGUUAGGUCAAAUAUAUCUGGUCAUUAAGAAGGAUACGGAGGCGUUAGGUAUAAAGAUAGACAGCGAGUGCUGUAUUACGGGCGUGGAGGCGGGGUCGGCGGCGGCGCGCGCCGGCCUCCCGCCCCCCGGCCGCUGGGCCGUCACAGAGGUCAACAACAGACCCAUCAACCUCGUCAAGGGUGGUCAGGAGGAGCUGAACCGUCUGGGCGCGCACGGCACGGAGGUGUCGCUGGUGCUGCAGCCCGCCGCGCUCGUCCGCAAGCUGCGGGCCGCUCUCAAGCCUACCAAGACGCUGCUGAGCUUCAAGUAACCAGGGUCACUUACUGCCGCACUCAGAGACUUACAACUGAUUAAUGUUCCACUCUGAGUAUGGCAGUUAGGUGUUGAUUACUAUACCCAAACAACCAAAUGUCUCACUCGGCUUCAAGAGAACUUUAGGGACUUGUCUAUGGAUUAAUCAUAAAGUUAAUAUACCUAGCUGAAUAGAGAAACAAAGGACUGA